AUGGUUAAUUGCGAAAAUGAUGCCGAGGACAUGACCGACCCUGAUAUCAUGGGGUUUGGGGUCCUGCUGUCCUUCGUUUUCCCAGUCCUAGUAUCCCAUGUCAUCAUGACCAUGGCCUACGUCACUCGCAGGGCGAACCCUGAGGAUUUUACCCAGAUGGACUCCAUGAUACACAAGAGACUAGGGGCAUACGAAUCGAGAAUUUCUCGCCUGCGUGGUGUGAGAUAUGAGCAUCUUCUCUUGACCAUCAGCGACCAGCUCUCAGUCACUAGCUUCGCGCUUCUUGUCGCAUUAUACUCACAAAUACUCACGAUUUCGUCCUUUUCGUUUUCUGUGGGCGUAUCACUUGCCUUCCUCUCCUUCGGUGUUCAUACAAACUGCCUAAAUGGCCUGACACCAUACUUAAGACUACAUGAAAGGCAGGCAAAGUUACGCAUAACUUUCUUGACAUUACUAGUGGUCUGUCUUCUGGUUAGCAGUAUCCUUGAUAACUUAUUCACUUCCCUGGUUCUGAAUUGGGAGAAAGUUGCCGCAUGCGCAACAAGAGGUUCAGGAACUACUUGGCUGUCAAUUCUCGCCGCAGUUGCAUUUAUCUGGGUUUUCGGCAUGAGCUAUUACGAUGCCGUUGCCCGGCUUUACUCAUUUCUUCCUCUGCAAGACAACACUUUGCGCCUUCUGUGCUUCACCGAGGAGUCUAGAGAAAGUUUCAGGAUUCUUUAUCAGCGAAAGACGCUAAAGGAAACCGAAGAACACAGUGCAAUGCUCGAGAAACUGUCUAGCGAGGACACGAACUUUUUUCAUACUCUAAGACUGGCGAUCCCGGUCUUGGUCGACGACAUGGUAGAUUCUAUAUUUUGGAGCCUCUUCCAAGACAUGUCAUAUACGGUGUAUCUACUCUACAGCCUAGUCUCUAUGAUUGCUUCGGCGGGGGAAGAAGAAGUCGAAUCGUUAUUAGAACCUAAGUUUGGUCAAAUUUUGCCUCUAAUCCUCCUCAUAGUCUUUAUCAUCAACGUAUUUGACGCCAAAGAAAGAGAAGACACCAGGGUAGCAUCAACAAAUGAGAUACAGAAGAACUCAGAGAAUUCCGGGGAGAGUCAUGUGGCACUGAACGUCCAUAACUCCUCGACAACAGGACAAUCUAACCUUGCCGGUGGGCAAGACUCCGGGCUCUCGACACCUGGCAGAUCAAGGACCUCUGAGAUGGAGUCAGGAGCCACUGUGAGUCUAUUUCUUCUUUCCUACAUCUUUCGCUUGCUUUUGAUGUGGGAGUUUUGUUUGAUAACGACAGAACAUCUAUGUUGA